ACUCCCUUCUGCCAUAGUUGCAGUUGCAGUGCAGCCACUUCUCACUCCUCACUCCCUCUCCUCUCCUCCCCUCUUUCCAACAAUAACUGCAAUUCAUUCAAUAUACAUAUAUACAUACAUCUAUCUAUAUAUACACGUGUAGAUAAACAUAGAUUGGGUGUGGGUGUGGGUGUGGGUGUGGGAGAGGAGAUCGAGAUGAUGUUGGGAAAGAGGUCUCGCCCUCCGGUGAAGAGAACCACCAGCAUGACGGAGUUCACCCUAGAUUUCACCGGAACCGCUGAAGGCGUCUAUCCGCCGUCGUCGGAUCUUCUCAGUCCAAAUCCCCGCCCCCGCCCGCGACCUUCGCGCCGUAACUCCGCCGAUUUCGUCGAAACUGCUCAUUUCCUAACCGUCUGUGCACUCUGCCAGCGGCGCCUUAUCCCCGGCCACGACAUCUACAUCUACAGAGGAGACAGUGCUUUCUGCAGUCUGGAGUGCAGACAGCAGCAGAUGAGCCAAGACGAGAAGAAAGACAAGUGCUCGCUGGCUUCCAAGUCGUCGUCCUCCACCGCCACCGGCGAGACCGUCGCCGCCGUCUGAAUCACCUGCAGAAUACUGCCCACUCACUAUCAAUCAAUUAAUAUAUACAAUCGCUUACCAUAUUGUUCUAUUAUUAUUAUUAUAUUUUUAUAUAUUGUUUCAUGGCCAAAUUAUUGAUUAUUACAAAUUUACAAAAUAUAUUGUAAUCCAUAAGCUAUUGGGAGUUCGGGACAAUAUAUUAUUAUUAUUAUUAUUAUUAUUAUGUGUAUAUAUAUAUAUAUAUAUAUUUGGAGAGAGACUAAAGAGAGGGGGUUGUUCAUUGUUGUUAUGAUUUAUUAUAGCUGCAAAUUAAUUAUGGGAAUUUUUGUUUGA